AUGCAUUACCGUCACGAGGACAUACCGUUUCCCCACACCAGAAAUCAUUCGUUCGGUGUCGCGGCCUCCGAUGCCAAGUACGAACAGUCCAUCGUGUGGCCAUUUCUCAUACAGAAUGCCAUGGAAAAUCCUAUGUGCACGUCGACGACGUCAACGACAUCAACCGUAUCCGUGCUGCUCUGGACAACAAUCGCAGUGUUCGGGAUUGUGUACACCUUGCUGGGAUACCGAUGCUUACGGGCCAUAGGAUUCCUCACCGGGCUGGCCGCCGGUGCGGGUUGCAUAGUUUUGCUGCAGAACAAAAACAUUACCGGUUUUGGCAAUUUGGCAGCUCCAGCAUUGGCCGUCGUUGCUGGGUUGUUUGGAGCCGUGCUCGGUUCGACACAUCCCAUUUCGUCCACCUUAAUCGGAGCUUCCGCUGGCGCACUGGUAGCCGGAGCAACAAUCGCUGCCUGCAUAGCCACGUUACCUCAUUACAUAUUUGGAGAGAAUGAACUGUUCGUAUCCGUCGUCGGUGGGGCUAUUAUCUGUGCGAUUGUGACGCUGUUCUGCCCGAAGUUCAUGUCGAUAAUCGCUUCCAGCAUCAUCGGAUCGGCGAUGAUUCUGUGCUCCAUCGACUUUUUCAUGCACGGCUUGAAUACAAUCGACUGGAUCUUCAAUAUGAAGCCGGAUCCGACACCGCCACCAUGCUGGGGUGGGGUUAUCCUUUGCUGCUGGCCGAUCUCGUCCGUGCUUGGCGUGUUAGUGCAGAGCUUCGUAACGGCCUGGAAGAUCGACCAUCGACGCCAACUGCACCACCGGCGAAGGCGCCAUUAUAAGGGCCGGUCAGGAUCGCGAUCACGUGAAACGCGAGAGGAAGCACGCCAGCGCAAGUAUCGCUAUCUGUAUCAAGUUCGCACCGCCAGAGGCGACAUCAUCUCGCAGAACUUUGUGUCCGCCCUGCAGAAGCACGUGACUACGGAUUCCGGCCCACCAUCAGAGGUUUCGACGAAGACGGGCUCGAACGACCGGAACACGGCCCGAAGUGAUCGAACCCAUCUGACCAACCUACCCGAUUCCGACUUCGACAAGAUGGACUCCAGCUGCGAGAAGCGUUGACAGAAGUUGCCCCCGUCUGCGGGGAAGUAGUACCGGUCCGGGGGUGUCGGCCACCGGCGCAGUGAGCGCCUGUCCCGGCAAUACUCGAGCCGCAGCAUUGCCAACGAGAUCGACCGCGAGAUGGCGCUCGUUAUGGGCCCGGGCAGCGAAACCCAUCCUCGCUGAUGCAAUCUGGCUUUUCCGUUUCGCAUCGUUUAGUUAGCAUCUAUUUCGGUGGGGGUGAGUUUUCUAACUCUUCUAGGGGGAUUUAAUUAGAGUGAUUAUAGAUUUUUUUAAAAGUGAAAAAACAAACGAGCUGAGGCAGAAAACACAACAAAGUUUAAUGGUGUUCCAUUAGCAUUUAGAACUUUGGACGGGCGGGAACGUUACGAUUGUUUAUUGAAAGUUUAAAACGAAACGGAACGAAAAAAGAGAGUCUCACAAUCGAAAACUGAAAGUAUGAAGCAUUAAUCGAAAAAAAAGCGGAAAGUGAUCAUGAAAAGUUACCGAUUGGUGGUAAAGAGAGUUACUCAGAUAAGAAGAAAAAAGGGAAGGAAAUAAAGCAUUAAAGCAUUAAAGAAAAAAAAACGCGGGAACAAAACGCAACAAUUGCAACAACGCGGUGGUGCUCGAAGAGCGAAAAAAUGCGCCAUUAUAAGAAACGAUCGAAAGCAGAGCCGAUCGCUGUGGGGCUAGAAGACAAGUGAGACACAGGGACAUAGCCGCGCGGACAACGUUAUGUGAGUAUCGAUAAUGAAUAGUAGUAAUUUUACACACCCUCAAACCCAUUUACCAGCGCCGAGUAGCCCUUAGGACGUGCGGAUUAAAGCAUCCGUAUACUGAGCUGGCGUUGGUGAUGAUCUUCCCGAGAUUGAAUCUAAUUCAUGAUUUGAUAAGUAGCAAGCAAAUGACUAAUCCAUUACUAAAUAAGACAAGUGAACAAUUAACACUUAAAAACGAUGCAUUUAAAGCUAAAAUACGCGCCCCUGCAUCAUCCGGUUGGGUGGAUGCUCUCUUCGUGGGCGAAUUGUCGAUGAAAAACAUGACGCAAAAGUAAUCUUAUUAAACAUCCGUAAAAUCGUAUGUGACGCAAACAUGCAACACUCUAUCUUUAAAGGAACAUCAGCAGUAAAAACAAAAUAGCCCACGUGGAACGGACAAACGCGCCAAGCGGCAUGCCAUGCAUUUAAAAAGAAGUAACUUAAUCGAUUAAAUAUGCCCAAACAUGGUAAGAAUUUAAAUAAGAGCAAGUGAUUAAAGCAUUCAGCGUUAGCGAAGGAAAGCAUAAGCAAUGAAUUACAUAAAAAACAGAAACGCGCAGGAAAUUGAAAGAAUAUUGAACGCCAAAAAUUGUUAAAAAAGGAUUCCUUGCAACCGAAACUGCGUGAUGGUUUCUGUCCUUCCACUCGGCGGUGCUAGUGAAAAACGUUUUUUGUUCGUUAAACAUGAUCAGCUUUGAACCGAAAUAAAAAAAAUGAAACUCAAGCAAGGUUAUACGAAUGCGCAAAGUUGUAACAGGUUCUACAGCAAAAUGAAACCAAGGGAAAAAUAUGACACAAAUAAAAUAACAAUAAUUAAAACAAUGGAAAUCAAGCGGAACAUUUUUGCAGGCCAACAGUCAAGCAAACAAAGUUGCAUUUAAAACAAUACUUAAGUGAAAGAGUCUCAAACAAACUAAACGGCUACGUUGUAUGUAACGGCUAUUCGUUCGGUGUGCCAUUGUAUUUUGUGGUUCGAUCUAGCGGCUAUCCCAAUAGUAGUGUCGAUUUAAUUUGAGUAUAUUUGCGUUUACCAUAAUGACGUGAUUCCCUCCUUUACCUCCAGUCAGUGUUGUUCAGUUGUGAAAUACUAACUAUCUACUCCCAGUUACGUCUGCGGAAAGACGAAAAAAAAUCUCACUUAAGUCAAAAAGAGGGAGCUUAACAGAAGGAACGAGCAAACGAAUGAUAUGUGCUACACCUUUUAGCAUUUUUUUUUAAUAUCACAAAGAUUAUGCUGUGCGGAACGGAACUGUGAAACAAUAAUGCGUACUGUGACGGUUAGUAAAGAGCGCAAAGUAAAGGGUGCCGGAAGCGGAACCAUUUUUUGUGAGAGAUCGAACAAAAUUUAAUUUUGUUUAGCUGCCGUACAGCGAAUUGUAAUGACGAUAUUGCGCGACGGUUGCUCGCAGGACGAUGAUUCCAAAACUUACGAAACCCGUUCAGAUGGAGGUUGUGCUUGAAAUAGUGACGAAGUAACUGAGAGAGGCUAGCAGGGAGGCGGUUUAGGAAGUAAGCAGCAAUCACCAGCGCAGAAGGGAAGAGAACGACACGGACAGAAGGUGCGACUGCGUGAAGGAAAUAGCUACAUAAUGGAUGUGUAUAGGUUUAUAACGAAAGCUCAAAUAUAUAAACAAAAUAUUUUGGAUUUACAA